CUACGGUAGCAUAUUCUAAAGGCUUGUACUUGUAGAGUGUAGUACCGCUUUUACACAGGCUUCCGGUUAAAAAGUGCAUUAAUACUGAAGCUAGGACUCCAAAAAUGCGCUUUCUAGAUUUAUUUUAAUUACUUCAUGAAAUUUAGAAACUUUCGUUAAGCCGACCAUCUUAUGCUCUUAUUAUCAGUGCAGGUAAACUGCUUCUACAAACGUGUUGUGCAGGUGUUUGAUCUACUUUAAUCGUUUAUCCAUCGUGCCAACUCAUCCAUCAAAUUCGUCACGAUCGGGACGAUAUGGCCGACCAGAAGUUCCAUGGUUCGACAGCCGGUAGGAUAACGGAUAUGACUGACGGUCAACUGCAUUCAUCACUCUUCCGGGUUCAUGAUGACGACUUAGAUUCGUUGUUGUAUUUAUUGGAUAAUCUGGCCAUUGAGUCGCCCCUGGAUGCAUCCUCGACCAUGGACUCCCGCGGCAGCCCCUACAACAACUACCAGUCCAGCCCCCUCCGUCCCCUGCCGUUCCCUGAGGCCAGUCGGGAAGUAGGCAGGGAAGGCGGCGGUGCUCCCUACUCGUCGGGUGUGACCAUCCCCAUGGGACACUAUCCCGCCACCCGCGUCAGCCCCCUGGAAAAGUCCCCCGUGGACACCCCGGAUGGUCGGGGCUCCAUGAAGAUUGUGAUUCCGCAUGGGCAGGUGCCCAUUGCCAGCCCGGAGGAUGAAGGGGAUCAUCAUGUUAUUAUUACGCAGUCCAAAGAGGAUCCGGAGUUUCGGGGGGUGCGUCCGGGUAGUGUGGUGCUGCCGGAGGAAGAUACCCAGACACGCCAUUUUAUCAGUUGGAGGACUGUCAUCGAGUUGUUGUCCAUCCUUGCCGCCAUGAUUCCAAUGGUUGUCGCACCACAUUUGGGGGCAUACGAACGCGGCCUAUAUUGCAACGAUCCGGAUAUUAGGUAUCCAUUUCGGGAAGGAACGGUUAAGCCCUGGUUACUGUAUCUCAUCUGUCUGCUGCUUCCGUUCGUCGUGGUAGUGAUCGGCGAAAUGUGCCAUUUCUAUGUAUCAAAGACAGGCUACGCUCAAAUGGAGGUGAAGUAUCGAUUAUGGCGCAAAGGGCCGCGCGUCCCGCCGGUCCUCAUCAGCAUAACCCGCAUCAUUGUCCUCUUUGCAUACGGCUUCCUCAUUACGAAAAGUGUCACGGACAUUUGCAAAUAUGCCGUCGGUCGUCUACGACCCCAUUUCUGGGACGUCUGCAAUCCCGACCUGGAUUUGAUUAGACAGGAUCUUGGGGGCGCCAGCUGUGAGAACCAUUACAUUAUCAAUCCACACUGCCGCAAUGCUCUGAGUACCGAUCACAAAGUGCAGUAUCGUAUCCGGGAUAUGCGGUUGUCGUUCCUUUCGGGACAUGCUGCCAUGGCGUUUUUCAGCAUGUUCUUCUUGAUCUUCUACUUGGAAUCCCGGCUGCGUUGGAUGAAUCUGCGUUACUGCAAAGCCAUCAUGCAGUUUGGUCUGUUCUUGAUGGCUGCGCUGUGUGGAAUGAGCAGGAUAUCUGACCACAAGCAUCAUUGGACGGACGUGUUUGCCGGGACAUUACUGGGGUUGGUUGUGUGCGUGAUAACAGUAUUUUUCGUGGGGGGAUACUUCAAUGACAGUCAUUAUCUGCGAUACAAAGUGGUCAACAUGCUGAACAAGAUCGACUGGGGACAUCGGGAGGGUGCGCAGUACGCCGGUCUGCUCAGUGAAACCAACGGGAUGGACCCGCGGGCGCUGCGUCAAAUGAAGCACUUCACGAGACAUGAUUUCCCGAAACCUACGAAAAUAGCCUGAAUAAUAAUUCGUACGGCCAUUUCGGUUCGCAUGGACUUUCUCAUAUGGAUUUUGCAUGUUCCUUUCAUUGAAUAUUGGAUAGGAGUUUAAGCAUUUUUAUCGAGAAAGGGGACUGUGGUGGAACUUCGUAUUUCGACGCUAACAUUUGUAAUUAUCUCAUAAACCGGGAAGAGGGUUUGUUUUCUUGAGGUAUUUCUUUGUGCGAUGUUAAUUUUGCAAGUGCGGUCGGUGUCCGUGUUUUCGGGCAUGUACAGAUGUGUACUGCUCGAAUAUUUUAUAAUAUUACCUGUACAGUGGCUGUACUGUACUUUUUUGUUGUUUUAUGUGGUUUUUAUGCAGACAACUAUCAAUUCUUCUCAGUAUCUAACAACGUUUAUAAUUUUUGGUACCUUAUUUCUUUUUAAUCUCCUUGCAACGAAUUGUGCAAGACAGUGUUUAUCUGUACGAGUACCGACUGUACGUGAAACUGUGUUGCCUGUUAUCAAAAUCGGUAUUUUGGAUAUUAAAGCUUGCGUGGUGC